AUGAAACCCGUCGCUCCAGGUGAUGUCGGGGCACAACUACCCGUAGUUGUCUCCCCGCCCCUGAAAGGAUAUUCAGUUAGAAAGGAUUCAGGUCGUCAAACUAAGCGUGUUCGUAUUCCUGGAUCAUGCAUCGCAGGGACUUCAGCUACAAGUGACCGUGACAUCCAAAUCCUUUUGGGGCAGGGAUUCUGCGCCAGCAUGUGUCCACAACACCUCAGGACUUCACUGCUCCCGGGGGCAUCUGCCCGCCGCGACAGCAGUGGACGGCUCUCUGGGUGCCCGAAACAGCCAAUUUGGCAGCCGCAGCAACCCAAGGAAGCAAAGCAGCGGCAAGACCUGCAGCAACAGCUGCGCCAGCUGAAACAGAAGACUGAGUUUGGGGGGGCGACAGUUGAGCAGACCAUCCUACCCACACCAGAGGCUGAAGCUCUGGGAGACCUCGACAUUGAACCCCCAUUGGAUAUUUGCCCCAGCGAAGGAGGCUUUCCUCCUCCGCUGCUGCAACAAACGGUUGUCAUGGCCGAUGCUGAUGCUUCACAAGCAACACCAUCGACCACACCGGAUUUGUACCAGCAGCUGCCUCAGCCUCACUUCUGCCUGCCGCCUCCAGCCCCUGAUGGGGAACACGGCCGGAGCGCCUCCCAGAAGAGCGAAACAGGUGAAAAGGAGAGUUUGUGGCCCCCCCUCUCUAGGGUCUCCAACGAUGGCAAGAAGCAAAAGCAGCAACAACAUCAGCAGCGAACAAAGCCGAAGAAGGGGGUGGCGGCUCGGCAGCAGCAGGAGACAGAAGCAAAAAAUGCUUUCAGCAGCCCAUCCCCCUGUAGAGCCCCUCCUUCAUCUCCUGCAUCAGCGGCCCCCGCGGAUGGCGAAAACACCACUGGUAGCGCUAUCACGCCGGCAGCUGGAGCAGCGUCUGCAGCAGCAGCAGCAGCCUCCACGGAGCCUUCGGCGGGUGUGAGAGCUCCACCUGGUCUCAGUGGCCCUGAUGUGCAGAGCGCUUUGCUUAGGGCAUCUUUCCUAGGGAGAACAGACAUCGUUCGGCUCUGCUUGGAGCGGGGUGCGUCGCCUGCUGCAGCCGAUUCAAUCGGCAGGACGCCGCUUCACUACGCAGCAGCGACUGGGGUUGCCCAAGCGGUUUCUUUGCUUCUCAAGUAUGCAGCGCACCCAAAGCAGCAGCAGCAGGAAGGGCAGGGUGCUGCUGCGCUCGUGGACAUCUCUGAUAAGAAGCGCUGGACGCCGUUGCUCAUAGCGGUCACUAAGGAGCACGUCCCUUGCGUGCGGCUUCUCCUGGACGCAGGAGCGAAUCCCAAACACCUUUUGUGUCACCGCUGUGCCCCCUGCAGAGGCAGCGGCGGGGCAGCUACCGUCGUUGCUGCUGCCGCUGACACGGCAGACGCUGCUGCUGCUGCUGCUGACACGGCGGGACUGGAAGGAAAGCAAGGGACACCGACUGCAAGCGCUGCGGAAGUAGUCACUAUAAAAGGAGACACUUCGGGUCGUGGGAGCGAAAAGCAGACGGCGCACCUCGACAGUGGCAGCAGUAAUAGCACAGGCGGCGGAGGGGUCCCUCUCCAGACAUGGAGCUCUGCCAUUCACUUUGCUGCAAUCAAAGGCAACAUCCCGAUUUCCGAGCUGUUGUUGCAGCACGGGAGCACUGUUAACGACCUCGACUCGGACGCUCGGCCUCCGCUUCAUUAUGCGGCAUGCAGAGACAAGCCCGACUACGUUCGAUGGCUCCUCCAGCACGGGGCUCGGCCGGACUUGUUGGAUAUUAACCAGCGGGGGGCAUUUCACGCAGUUGCGACGCGGGGUAAUCUGCAGGUGGUGCAGCUUCUUCUCGAAGCCACUCCACCUAAGACACUUCUGCGGCUGCUUCUGCAGCAAGACGCCUGGGGGCUCACCGCCGAGGCUCUCGCGAAGUUGCAUGGACACCGCUCAAUGGAGCUAAAGAAGGCAAAGCUUGUUCGCGCAGUGCAGCGCCUCGGCACUCUACCGUGCCUCAAGGCAUAUCAACAGACCCUGAUGAUCCAAGCACUUGGAGGAAUGCUGGUUGCGGACGGGAGCCGCCGCAAGACGGCGGGGGGAGUCUUCUUCACGGUCUUGGGUGAAUUUGCGAAGGAGGGGCAAAUAUCCAGAGAGGAUCUUGCGUUUGUUAACGCUGAAGACUGCGAGACCCGAAAAGCCGUCAAGCGCAGGACCCGCCACUCCCUGGAGACGGCCACCAGGGGCCCUGUUCCAGCUCGCGUCUCGGAAGACACCGCUGUCUUGUUACAGCAACAGCAGCGACAACCACGGCAACAGCGUCCGUCGCCACAGCAGCAGCAGCGACAGAAUCACCAGCGACCGCAGCAGCGCCAACCACAACAUCUGCAGCGACAGCCGCAACAACAGCUGCGUCAGCUGGAGGAACCGGCUUCAGCUGCAUCGUCCACCUCUGCCUCGUCAUACACCUCUCUUGUUGCGGCGAUUGCAAACGAAGCCGUGCACUCCACACCCCAGUCUACCCCCAGCAGCAGCAACAGCAACUCUGCGGAUACGAGUGUGAUUGCUGCACAGCAGCAGCCAUUUCAAUUUCCGCUGUACCCCAUCAGUCCUUAUUGGCCUAUGGGAUUCCCGGGGCCUCUCUCUCCUCCCCCCAAUAUGUGUAGACCCAACAGCAACGGUUGGAAUGCCGUUGUCGCGAUGCAGCAGCAGCAGCAGCUAGCGGCAGCAAUGGCUGCCUCCUCCGCUCUUAAUUUUUCGGCGCCGUCCAUGUCACUGCAUCAGGCGGUCGCUGCUGCGCAGCAACAGCAGCAUCUGCAGCAAGCUGCCCUGGCUGCUGCAGGGUUUCCGCCUGCGCUGAAGCCGCAGAAUAACCAGCAGCAGCAGCGACGUUCUGCUGCGGCAUUCUCCACAAAAUCCAAGCGGCAGCAAGCGCUAAACUGUGCAGCAGCCGAAGGGGCAGCCGUGGAUAUCCCAAUGGAAAGCGUAGGAGAGCAGACUACCAAGGCAAAUAGGAGUGGCAAGAAUGAGCAGCAACAAAGAAAGCAGCAGACUCCGACGCAAACAGAGACGCAAAUAUUGCUGGAACGCAUUCACCAGCAGCAACUCCAAUUGCGGCAACAGCAACUGCAGCUGGAGCAGCUACAGCAGCAGCAAGAGCAGCAGCAGCGGCAGGCAGUCCCACAGAGAGGUGCCCCGGGCAUGAAUGGACAGGGGAGUGCGCAGGGGGAGUUUAAAGCAAACAGCGGUGCACUCGGGGGCCUGGAAAGCCAAAGUAGUAAAUGCACUGCACCGUCUACACAUGGUUGGGAACCUCGUUCCAAAUCUCAUGUCAACCAGAAAAGUGGCACGUUUCCUGGGCGCUUGUGA